ACAAGUCCAAUUAAAUAAGAGAAAAAACUAAGAAAAUAAACCAUUUAAAGGAAUCCCGUCAAAAUUCAGUGAACCAUCGGGACCCUUCGAGGGAGGUCAGAGAAGAAUGGCGUGCCAGGCAUUCAGCGCCGACUCUUUCAACACACUUGGAGAUUCCGCCUUGCCGAUCCUCAUGCACCACGUCUCCACGGGCGACUGCCUGCCAGCCAACUCUCACACUCACAGCAUGGUUUCUGCAGUGUCCUCCGGGCUGUCCCUGGGUCAGCCCUCCAAGCGCUCCCACAUGCACCUGUCCAGCUCCUCCCUCAGCAACGCACUGGGCAACGCCCCCCCGGGACUACAUUACCCAGUCACCCCCUGCCACUACAGCAACCAGCAGUAUGGCAUGAUGGCAGGGUCUCUCACUCCUUGCUUGUACAAGUUUCCGGAUCAUGGUCUAGGCAGUGGUUCCUGUGCAUUAAGCCAUAGUUUCUCCACACUGCCCCCGGCCCUCCUCACCACUGAUGAGGCCCCUGGGGUCCCGAGUAUUUGCGACAUGAAAACUGAUCAUAGAAAAAGCAUGCGGGACCCAGAAGAUGUCCCUCCCAUGGACUCCCCGCAGAUAAGAGAGCUGGAGAUGUUUGCCAAUGACUUCAAAAUACGCAGGAUCAAACUCGGCUACACGCAGACUAAUGUAGGGGAGGCUCUUGCUGCAGUGCACGGCUCAGAGUUCAGUCAGACUACAAUCUGCCGCUUUGAGAAUCUGCAGCUGAGCUUCAAGAACGCUUGCAAACUCAAGGCCAUUCUGUCCAAAUGGCUGGAUGAAGCAGAGCUGGCCGGCGCCUUGUACAGUGAUAAAUUAGGAAUGAACGAGCGGAAGAGGAAAAGGAGAACCACUAUCAGUCUGGGAGCUAAGGAGGCCCUGGAACGCAGCUUUUUGGAAAAAAAUAAGCCAUCCUCCCAGGAAAUAGCGCGGAUAGCAAAAGGCCUCCAUCUGGAGAAGGAGGUGGUCAGAGUCUGGUUCUGCAACAGACGACAAAGAGAAAAACGGGUCAAAACCAGCCUGAACCUCAGCUCCUGUUUGACCAAACUCAGCCCACACUGCAUCACACAGAUGAGCAAAUCACAAAGACCCAUGACGUAGUUCAGGGUUCACCUUUAGUUCGAUGGAGGCUCAUUCAUGACUUCACAUGCUGGUGAAAAUGUGCUCCUUUAAAAUCAAAUGUCUGACAGAAAAACCUUGAAAGUUGGGAAAGAAAUCAGAAAGAACAACAAAAACUGCCGUCACUCUGCAACAAGCAGCUGCUGAUACCCUUGAAACUAUUCUAUUGAUUUAAAAUUCAGAUGAUAAUUUAUAUCCAGUGAAGGUCAGCCAUAUAAGAAAACAACUGAAAAACACCUUAGCUAUAAAAGCAUGAGUCAUUGUCACUUCGUUACAUGACUCCAAAGCAGAAAGUAUUUAAUUUAAAGAGACAUCCCUUUUUGCAAAUAUACUGCAGAAUCUUUGGUUU